AAGAAUUUCGGAGAACAUGGCGGCUAUGGGUGGGGAUGAAAGGCAGAGGAUGGAGGCUCCGGCAGGGGACAAGUUCCCGGAGGGGCUGCACGUGCUCGCUGUGGACGACGACAGCGUCUGCCUCAAGGUACUGGAGGUCGUUCUGCGUUGCUGCAAAUACAACCCAACGACCGUGACGGACGCGAAGACAGCGUUGAAGAUGCUAAGGGCGGGGAAGGCAGAGUUCGACCUGGUGAUCACCGACGUGCACAUGCCAGGCGUGGACGGCUUCAAGCUCCUUGAGCUCAUCCACCUUGAGAUGGAUCUGCCCGUCAUCAUGCUAUCUGUGGAUUGCGACAAGAAGGCUGUGAUGAAGGGCAUAACACAUGGGGCGUGCGACUAUUUGGUGAAGCCAGCGUGCACCAAUGAGCUAAAAAAUAUAUGGCAACAUGUUGAAAGGAGGAGAAAUUUUGAAGCAAAAACACACAUCAACAACAACAACAACAACAAUGAUGAUGAUGAUGAUAGAGUGCAGCCAAGGACUGCUGCCACGAGCAAGGACUCAGAUAAUAAGGGCAAUGAAAGAUAUGAUUCUAACGAGAACCAAGAGAUCACACACGUAUCCACCACCUGGAAGAAGCCAAGGGUGGUAUGGACAAUUGAGCUUCAGAACAAAUUUCUAGAAGCUAUUGACCAGAUCGGCCUAGACAAGGCCGUUCCAAAAAAGAUAUUGGAACUAAUGAAAGUGGAUUACCUCACCAGAGACAGUAUCGCAAGUCAUCUACAUGUUUAUUUUUGACCAUUAUCCUUAUAUUCACUCCCUGUGUUCCUAUUUUUUUUCCAUUCUAACAUUUUUUCAUAGAUAAGUGCAAGCUUUUAUUUUGCGGGGAAAGUAUCAAUGUAAGCUUUAGUAAUGCACCUAACAUGAAGAUGUGUGUAAUUACAAUUAAUUUUGUCCCUAUAAUGAGUCUUCAUAUACCGUGGAUGCUCUACACUUUCAAGUAUUUUUGUCCCUAUAAUGGGUCUUCUUAUACA